AUGAACGUGAAGGAUAAAGUGGCCAUCGUUACCGGUGGUACCGGAGGAAUCGGAUUCGCUACUGUCCAGGCUCUUCUCCGACAUGGGGCUAAGUACGUUGCGAUCUUCGACCUGGACUCGAUGCACACCCGAGCAGCCUCGUGCAUACACAAAGUGGAGGAGGAAUUCGGGAAAGACAAAGCCGACUUUUACACCUGCGACGUGACGAUACAGAGCGAAUUCGCAGCUCGUUACGACGAAAUCGUCGGAAUGCAGAGAACGGUUGACAUACUCGUCAACUACGCGAGCAUCGCCAGCGAGCCCAGAGCCCAUCACAUGAUCGACAUCAACUUGACGGCUGUGGUCACUUGCACGUUGAUAGGAAUCGAUCGGAUGGGAAGGCAUCACAACGGCAGAGGCGGAGCGAUAGUUAACGUCUGCUCGGUAUUCGGUCUGACAACUUCCCCGGCGUUUCCGAUUUACACCGCUACGAAAUACGGCGUCUACGGUUUUACCAAAUCGCUGAAGGAUCACUACGAGCAUCUCGGAGUCAGAGUGAUGGCAGUUUGUCCGGGUCUCACGGAGACCAGCUUACUGCACCAAAACUUGAAAGAGGAAACCCUCAACUUCAUCCCGGAAAAGUAUUUGAACCAAGCUUUCCAGUGCUCCAAAUAUAUUCAAAGUCCCGCGAACGUAGGCGCAGCCAUCGUGAAGAUGAUCGAGAAGGCAGAAGCAGGAGCCAUCUGGGUGUCCGAGGACAACGAGCCUCCGUACGCCGUCCAAGAUCCGGAAUUUUACAAGGACAGAGGAGUUCCAGUAUAG